AUGACUUCGACCAUUGGCAUCCCGAUCAAGCUCCUCAACGAGGCCACUGGUCACCUGGUCACGGUUGAGAUCGACUCUGGACAGACCUACCGCGGAAAGCUUAUUGAAGCGGAGGACAACAUGAACUGCCAGCUCGAAAACAUCAACGUGACACAGCGCGACGGGAGGGUCACGCAUCUGGACAGGGUAUACAUUCGUGGGUCGCACGUACGGCUAUUCAUCGUACCGGACAUGCUGAAGUGA